AUGUGUACGAAAAAAGAAAAAUUAACAAAAACAAACACCAUGUUCGAAGCACAAUUACAAUUUGUUAGCGAUGCCGUUAUGGCGUUCGCUCACGCGUUCAAAGACAUGCACAUGGAUUUAUGCGAUGGUAAACCCGGAAUAUGCAACGAAUUAAAACCAAUAAAAGGAACCGAAUUAUUAAAAUAUUUAAGAAAAAUUAAAUUCACGGGUUUAAGCGGUGACGAAUUUCAUUUUGAUCCGAACGGUGAUGGACCUGCCAGAUAUAACAUAAUACAUUUUAAACAAGUUGCACCGAACGAUUACAAAUGGGUACGAGUAGGACAAUAUUUGGAAGGUGAACUUAAAUUGAACAUAUCCGAAAUUCAAUUUAAAUUAAGCCAUCCUAAUCCACCGGAAUCUGUUUGUAGUCUUCCCUGCAGCACAGGACAAGCAAAAAAAUACGUUGAUGGCGAAUCCUGCUGUUGGCAUUGUUUUAAUUGCACUCAAUAUCAAAUUCGUAGUCCAUUGGAUGAAACGCAAUGUGAAAAUUGUCCUAUGGGUACGACGCCGAACGAAUUAAAAACAAUUUGCAUUGAAAUUCCCGAACAAUUUUUAAGACCGGAAAGCGGUUGGGCGAUCGGUGCCAUGUCUUUUUCGUCUACAGGAAUUUUAAUAACUUUAUUCGUGGUUGGAAUUUUUGUCAAACAUGGCGAUACUCCCGUCGUAAGAGCUUCCGGUCGUGAAUUGAGUUACGUUUUAUUAUCUGGAAUAUUACUUUGUUACCUUUUGACCUUUGCAUUAGUUUUAAGGCCGACGGAUUUUGUUUGCGGUAUACAAAGAUUCGGAGCUGGAUUUUGUUUCGCCGUGGUGUAUGCAGCACUUUUAACAAAAACAAACAGAAUAUCAAGAAUUUUUAACGCUGGUAAAAGAACGGCAAAAAGACCAUCGUUUAUAUCACCGAGAUCUCAAAUAAUCAUUUGCUGCGGAUUAGUCGGAGUACAAGUAUUAAUCAACGGUGUUUGGAUCGCCGUUUCUCCUCCUCGUGCUGUCCAUCAUUAUCCCACGAGAGAUGACAAUCAUUUGGUUUGCAGUUCGCACAUUGACGCAUCUUACAUGAUUGCAUUCGGGUAUCCGAUACUAUUAAUAAUAAUAUGCACGAUAUACGCAGUUUUAACGAGAAAAAUUCCAGAAGCUUUCAACGAAUCUAAACACAUAGGUUUCACCAUGUACACUACUUGCGUUAUAUGGUUGGCAUUUGUGCCACUUUAUUUCGGUACGUCGAAUCACGUGCCCUUGAGAAUAACAUCAAUGGCAGUUACGAUAUCAUUAUCCGCAUCCGUGACGUUAGCUUGUUUAUUUUCACCUAAAUUGUACAUAAUAUUAGUUCAUCCGGAAAGAAACAUAAGACAAAGCAUGAUGCCGGCAAGACACGGCGUGGGUAAAAAUGUUGCACUCACGGGAACGAGUCAUAGUUUUAUAGGACCUGCAGCGGCGAUUGUACCAAAUUUACCAAACACUCAAACUUCUUGUUUAAGUGUUAAAUUGGUCAGAGUCGACGAAAGCACGCAAAGUGACGUUUACGAAUUAGAAUUAGAAAAUAAUAUGAAAUCCAACAACAUAAAAACUCAAUCGACUCAAUCUACUCAAACGUUAAACAACAAUUACGAAACGAAAUAUGCUCAAACUUUGUGUCAUAAUGCGAUCAUACCGGAAAUAAUUCAAACACCACCGGAUCAUUCUCCCGUACCAGAAAUAAUAGGAAACGAUACAAAAAUAAAUAAUUGUAACGGAAACGCAAAUAACAAUUGUAACUCUUAG